UCUGCGCUCUGAUUGGUGGGAUUAAACCAGUAGGAUUACUAUCAGAGAGACAGAAAGACGAAGGUGGACAGAUAAUUCAGACGGGUGGUCCGACGGCAGGAAUCACACACCUUUAACCAGGGUCGGCCAUGUUUGCGGGUCGGGUUCCGGCCACGGGAGCCGGCGGCUCGGCGUCCGCGGGAGGAAAAGGGAAGUUUUCAGUGGAGGAGCUUUACGGGUUCAACAAGAAGCCAAAAGGGAGCAGAGGGAAUUCUGGGAAACCGGAUAAGAGCGACGGGAAGAAGGAGAGCAAAGAGAAGGAGGAGUCUGUACUGGCGUCGCAGAUCCUGGAGGCCGCCCGUAGGCUGAUGGAGAGAAGACGACUGGAGGUCUACCUGAAGGAGUGUGAUGUCACCAUGACGCAGACCAGCAUGCCAUACAGGAAUCUUGGGAAAUCUGGCCUGAGAGUGUCCUGUUUAGGACUGGGAACAUGGGUGACUUUUGGCUCUCAGAUCUCUGAUGAGAUGGCAGAGCGAGUGAUGACCGAGGCGUACGACAGCGGAGUCAACUUGUUCGACACAGCAGAGGUUUACGCCUCAGGGAGGGCCGAGGCGACUCUGGGGAACAUCCUGAAGAAGAAAGGAUGGAGGAGGGCCAGUUAUGUGGUGACCACAAAGAUCUACUGGGGAGGACAGGCGGAGACAGAGCGAGGGUUGUCACGGAAACACAUCAUCGAAGGUCUGCAUGGGUCACUCUCCAGGUUACAGUUGGACUAUGUGGACAUCGUCUUUGCCAACAGGAGCGACAUCAACUCCCCAAUGGAGGAGGUUGUGCGUGCAAUGACCUUUGUGAUCGACCGGGGCCUGGCUAUGUACUGGGGAACGUCACGCUGGAACGCUGUGGAGAUCAUGGAGGCGUACUCAGUAGCCCGACAGUUUAACCUGAUCCCUCCGGUGUGCGAGCAGGCCGAGUAUCACUACUUCCAGAGAGACAAGGUGGAGGUUCACCUGCCGGAACUUUACCACAAAAUAGGGGUCGGAGCCAUGACUUGGUCCCCGUUAGCUUGCGGCCUGUUGACAGGGAAGUACAAUGGGGGGGUCCCAGAGAGCUCAAGGGCCGCCAUGAAGGGCUAUGCAUGGCUAAGGGAGCGUUUCCAUAGCGAGGAGGGGAAGAAGCAGCUCAGUAAGAUCCAAGAGCUCCACCUGCUGGCAGACAGGUUGAACUGCACUGCUGCUCAGCUCGCUAUAGCGUGGUGUCUCCGUAGUGAAGGUGUGAGCUCGGUUCUUCUUGGAGUCUCCAACACGGAACAGCUGCUGGAGAACAUCGGUUCUAUCAGGGUUCUGUCUCAGCUGACUCCGCCCCUCAUCGCAGAGAUGGACACCUUGCUAGGCAAUAACCCGCGAAACCGCAAGAAGGAGGCGAGCUGAGGAGGCGAGGAGGAGGAGAAGAGUUGAGGAGGCGAGGAGCUGAGGAGGCGAGGACGAGAGGAGGAGGAGAGGAACUGAGGAAGCGGGAGGAGGAGGAGAGGAGGCGAGGACGAGAGGAGGAGGAGAGGAACUAAAGAGGCGGGAGGAGGAGGAGAGGAGGCGAGGACGAGAGGAGAGGAACUGAGGAGGCGGGAGGAGGAGGAGAGGAGGUGAGGACGAGAGGAGGAGGAGAGGAACUGAAGAGGCGGGAGGAGGAGGAGAGGAGGCGAGGACGAGAGGAGAGGAACUGAGGAGGCGGGAGGAGGAGGAGAGGAGGCGAGGACGAGAGGAGAGGAACUGAGGAGGCAAGGACGAGAGGAGGAGGAGAGGAACUAAAGAGGCGGGAGGAGGAGGAGAGGAGGCGAGGACGAGAGGAGAGGAACUGAGGAGGCGGGAGGAGGAGGAGAGGAGGUGAGGACGAGAGGAGGAGGAGAGGAACUGAAGAGGCGGGAGGAGGAGGAGAGGAGGCGAGGACGAGAGGAGAGGAACUGAGGAGGCGGGAGGAGGAGGAGAGAAGGCGAGGACGAGAAGCGAGGAGGCGAGGAGGAGAGGAGGCGAGGACGAGAGGAGGAGGAGAGGAACUGAGGAGGCAAGGACGAGAGGACGAGGAGAGAAGGCGAGGACGAGAGGAGGAGGAGAGAAGGCGAGGACGAGAAGCGAGGAGGCGAGGAGGAGAGGAGGAGAGGGACUGAGGGGGCAGGAGGAAUAAACUAAAUAAUCUCUCUCUAUAAACUAUGUAUUCUUCAGGUAUGAGAGAGGGACGUUGAGCUAUAAGUCAAACAAAGUGAUAAAUAAAUG